GUUCGUGCAUUCAGUUUCCAAAAUGAUCUGGCUGAUCUUAUUCUGCCUCUGCUGUUGCUCUGUGGAGGGCCUCAAGUGCCGCGCCCAGGAGGGCUACGGCGAGGCGGAGUUAAAAAGGGUUGUCCGCAGCUGCAUGCACCGCAGUGGCAACGACAACGGCAACGGCAACAACAACGGAAAUGCACCGGACGACAACGAGGACAACCGAGGUUAUGGGAGGAAGGUAAAUCGAUACGACUAUGGCCAGGAACAGGACGGUAGAACUAACAAUGGCUACAGGUGGCAACGCAGCCUGAAGCAGACGGAGAACAGAAACAGCUCGGAGAGCGAGGGAGGUCAGUGUGUGGCCCAGUGUUUCUUCGAGGAGAUGAAUAUGGCGGACGGUAAUGGCCUGCCCGAUCGGCGCAAAGUCAGCUAUAUACUGACUAAGGAUCUCCGCGAUCGGGAGCUGCGUAACUUCUUCAUGGAUACGGUGCAGCAGUGCUUCCGCUACCUGGAGAACAGUCGCAACAGGAACAAUAAGUGCUCGCAGUCCAGGGAUCUGAUCAAGUGCAUGUCGGAGUACGCAAAGGCCCAGUGCGACGACUGGGAAGAGUACGGCAGCCUGCUGUUUAAUUAGAAUGACACUUACACCGCUCUUAAGGUCCUCACACCGAUCCAGGAAUCGUUCGUGGCUGUCCUUGAUCUCCCGAUCGGUGGUCUCCUCCACCUGAUAGAAUACGCACUCCAAUUCCAGCUGCUUCUGGGCGUGCAUUUCCCGGAAGCCAGCCGAGUCCUGUUCCCAUUCACCCAGAACCGCCUGCUUAUCCUCCUCGUAGAUAUUCCGAAAGAACUCCAGCCUACUCCGGUGGAUACCUAGAUUAGAUGGUUUAAUAGUCAAGGGGUAAGGGUUUUGGGAAAUACACACAAAUCUCACCAAUGA